AUGCCAGCCCUGGAACCCAUAGAUGUUUUAAGUGACGAUGAGAAGCUGAACGAAGCCACAGCACCGGGGUCCCAGCCGAAAUCUUUGGGUCGUCCACUGCAUCACCAAAGGUUUCAGCCUCGUCGGGCCCGCUUUGCUAUCAGAGCGGGUCAAAAGCAUUUGGGCCCAUGUGAUGAUCCAAAACAUUUGGCAAAUCUUAUUCGGAGGACUUGUGGCUGUCAGUGUGACUGCUUUGCAUCCUUCCGUAGACAUGACACUCUUCUGGCGGAAUGGAUGAAGCUUCGGAAGAUGCUCAGAAAAAUGCGCAAGUUGGAGAAAGAUGACUAUGUGUUCAAGCUCCUAAAAGCACAAGAUCCCGAUCCCAAGAGAGGAGAACGGCAUCUGAAGCUGCUGGGGCGCCCGGUCUGCAACAGAGCCUUUAUGAUGCUGCUUGGAGUUGGCACGGGUCGCUUCAGCACCUUGAGCUCUGCUGCACGUCGUGGAGAAGAGUUUUGCGGGCGCAACAUGCAAUGUUGCAGAAGCAUCUUGAUCGACAACAUCGAGACAGACAUUGAUGGCCUGUUUAAUCUGAUUCGGGCCCACAUCGAAACCUACAGGGAACUUCUAACACCCUUGGACUUCAAAAACUGCAUCCAGGCUUUUUUGGAUAAGCCUGCGACCCGGCCAUAUGAACCACUUAGAUGUGUUGAGCUCCUGACCCGCUACAAAGAUUGGACCAACUGGCUCUCGUACCACUUCGAGCAUGCCAAGUUCAGCGGGAUCGGAGGCCCAGGUGCACCUCACAGCUUCCGGCUUGAGCGCAUUGGAUCCACAGGAGUCACCCGAGAUCAAAUCGAUUCCAGCUUUUGGGACCGCAGAGACUACACAGAAAGCUCAUCCGAUGUGAUUCUCAGGACAAAACAGUGGAUGAGUGACGGCACUUGGCAGCCGAGCAUUCUUCUGUUUCUGCCAGCCUCAGUGGCGCAGCGGGCACAGGGUCGUGAUCCCUUUGACAUGCACGCAGCGGCUCAACAGUUGGAGGAUUUGUCCUAUGGUUUCCUCGACCCUGGCUUUCUGGACACAAGCUGGUGGCUUUGCCGCAUUGUGGAGCAGCAGUCGGCCGAUCAGCCUGGCCCACCGUGCAAGGGAGGUGUUUGGAAGCAGUCUGUGAUGACGAAACGCAAGGUGUCUGGUGGUGGCGGUGCACCUGCAAAGCCGAAGGCCGCCAAGAAGGGUGGCACCGCCAAUAUUCCUGCUGAUUCGUUGAAACUCCCGCACAUCAGACUCUUUGAUGACUGGGCGCAGGAGAAUUUGGUGAAGGUCAAGAAGACCCUCGAUGUUCUGCUCACUGAAGAACUACGUGAUGAGGACGCAGAGAAGGCUUUUUACGAAUGGAUUGAUGUCCAGUUCCCCGCCGAUCCUGCUGUGACCUACAGCUCUGAGGGCGAUUUGCAAAGGGAUGGCAAUUCUUUGUUUCUACGACCUUGGCAACUUCCCCACAGGGUGGACUAUGGGUUGCGUGGAACAUGCGAUGGAGAAGUGCAGCACCAGUUGUGCCAGCUCCAGCUCUUGAACGGGCUGAUGACAAACCCCAACAUCCCAGGGGUUGAGAAGUUGGUGACCUGCCCAAUUACCGAUUCCUGGAUCCAUGGCAGCCCCACCAAAUUGAGAGCCGACGAUGUGGGGGCUCAUGGUUUGGUAUCACCUGGUCGCCUCUUCAUGGUGAAGGGCUACAACCGAUGCCUUGCAGCCCUGGGAAUUCUAUGGGCAGCCUACAGAGAGCCAGCUUUGUUGCAGGAGAGGUCUUUCUGCGUUGUGUAUGCCACAGCAGUGCCAGCCGACAGCUCACUCGUUGUCAACACCAACAGGGGAGUGACGAUGAGUGGCCAGUUGCGCCGCCGCCCAAAUGCCUUCAACCUCUUGCACCAGCUGGAGUUCCUGGAGAGGACGGGGAUGAGUCAGGAAAUGACCGUCAAGUCUCUUCAGGCUCAUGAGUCUGUGUCUGCAUUUGCCAAAGCCUAUGCCCUGGGGGAGAAAGAAUCAGCAGCAGCAGUGAACCUCUUGCAGCACAUCCCCCCGAACGUCAAAGAGGCUCUGACAGAGCUUGUUCGGUUUGAAAUGAGGCAUGGAGAUGCCGAUAUCCUGCAGCUCCUGGAGUCAACGGUGCCCCCAGCGGAUGUGACCCGCGUGGCAAUUUUUGCCCAGCCAUUGGUGCGCUACAACAAGGAGGCUGCGCUGGAUUACAAGCACAUCAAUGAUCGGUACCACAAGGGCAAACUGGCAAUUGAUGAAUUCAUGGCUGAAAAGCACCAAUUCAUGAGGGUGCAAUCUUUGACGCUGGCGCAUGCGGCCAUAGUGCAGAUUCAGGGACCACUGGCAGUGGAUGAGUCGGUCACUCUGGCCCAAAGCGUUGGGACUGGAAACCCCAACACUCUCAGCUUUUGGCUUUUGCCGCAACCCCAUGGAAAUGCUGGCAAAGAAGCAACUUUGAAACACAGGCGCCUACUUGAGGACAAAAUCAUCAAGGCAAUGGAUUCCUAUGAGAUCUCUCUCAACUUCCAGGAUCCCUUACACCAAGGAGACCGCCGGAAGAAGUCCCAACAGUGCCUGGCUGGCAUCUGUGGAGGGCACAGCAACGUGUCCUUCAUGAGGUCGAAAGCCUUGCUGGGAACAAUCAGCAAUGUCGAAAGAAGUCGAGUGGCGGAUCUACAGAACCCGGACCCAGAUCGCCAGCUCGUUCAACAGAGGGGCAUCAAUGCCACCAAAGAGGUGCUGCUUCAGCUGGUUGAAGGGAUGAAUGAGGGCGACAACCACAAACUCUUGGUGGUGGAUCUUCAUCCAUCGCGGUUCACUGAAUGGUCGCAGGCAUCAUGGGAGCUGCAGCGAGACUACUUGCUUGGGGAGGAUGGUGCUUCAAAGUGGGAUGUCCACUUCAUGUCCAUCUACCAUGACUCCGAUGCCCAAAUGUUGGACACCGCCAGCACUUUGAUUGCAGGAAGGGCCUUGAACCAAUGGUGGGACAAGGCUGAUGGGUCAGGUCCAGCUUCGCGAGCGACUGAACCGUUUUUGGUGGAGCUACCAACCCUGGAAUGCUUGGCUGUCAAUGCCACUGAGCUGAAGAUUCCAGAUAUGGUGCGCCAAAAGUUUGCAGGAUCUCACCAGGACCCCUUGGCCAAGCUGGACGAAGCUAUCAGCCAAGAGACAUCAGUCCAGAACGCCAUCAAGAUGACGCAGGCUCCGCCAGCUUCCUCAGGUGCUGGGAGUGGCCAAACCAGGACCAUGGCAAGCCCACAGUGGGACAAUGAAGCUCCAAUCAAUUGGCGCAAAUCGUUGCCCUUGACCCCUGUUUCAACGGCUGACUUUGAUGCCAACAACACGCCAGAGGGUGCCGCAGUCAUUGCCCGGGAGCCGAACCUUAAGUUGGUAUUGACGUCCCUGGGAUCCCUCUGGAUUGUCAACCGCAACACGCACUCCAUCAAUUUGGGCCCUGGAGAACUCUUUGGGUUCAACACUGAUGCUGUCUGCGAAGUGACACGCAAGCGUGGCAUCACAGAGAUCCGCAUGACUGAUCACGCCAUGCGCCCAAAGAUGAAGGUCGCCGCAGAUGGAUCCCAAAUGCCUAUGACGUUCAGAUACGCUGUGGCUGCUGAUCACAAAGUCAACGCAUUUAAGGCGAAAGAGAUCCCCCCAACUGACAGCAAACUCGAUCUGCGCCCAGCAGUCUUCGGGGCUUUGUGGAGCAACAAGUUCAAUCAGUUGCCACGGACUGAUUAUUGCAGUGUGGUGUGGGAGGCCCAGGGUUUGAACAAAUGUUGA